AUGGCUGAGGGAUUUACUUCAAACAUGAGCGCACAUGCCAAGUUGUCUGCUGAAGAGUACAGAGCUCGUAAGGUUGCUCUUAUCACUGGUGUUACUGGUCAAGAUGGUUCUUAUUUAGUCGAGUUUUUGUUAGAGAAGGGUUAUGAGGUUCACGGUAUCAUUCGUCGUUCUUCGUCUUUCAACACUGGACGUAUUGAACACAUUUAUAGAGAUAGACAUGAAACCGGUGUCAAAUUCUUCCUUCAUUAUGGUGAUUUAACUGACUCCACCUGUUUGGUGCACAUUAUCUCCAAAGUACAACCUACCGAACUUUACAACUUGGCGGCACAAUCCCACGUCAAGGUGUCCUUUGACAUGUCUGAAUACACUGGUGAUGUUGAUGCUCUCGGUACACUUCGUCUGCUGGAUGCUAUUCGUACUUGUGGUUUGAGUGAUCGUGUUCGUUUCUAUCAAGCCUCUACCUCUGAACUCUACGGCAAGGUAGUCGAGACCCCUCAAAAAGAAACCACUCCAUUCUACCCCCGUUCUCCGUACGGUGUUGCCAAGCUCUAUGGUUACUGGAUUGUAGUCAACUACCGUGAAUCAUACGGCAUGUACACCUGUAACGGUAUUCUAUUUAACCAUGAAAGUCCUCGUCGUGGUCGUACUUUUGUGACGAGAAAGAUUACUCGUGCUGUUGCAGAUAUUCAUUUGGGUCGUCAAGAUUGUUUGUAUCUGGGUAACAUUGACGCUAAGCGUGAUUGGGGUCAUGCUCGUGAUUACAUUGAGGGUAUGUGGCUCAUGCUUCAACAAGAUGAACCUCAAGAUUUCGUCUUGGCCACUGGUGAAACACAUACUGUUCGUAGUUUUGUCGAGAAAGCUUUCAAAAAGACCGGUCGUACUAUUGUUUGGGAAGGCGAGGGUGUCAAUGAGAUUGGCAAGGAUGCUGAAACUGGUAAAGUGCGUGUACGCAUUGAUCCCAAGUACUUCCGUCCUGCUGAAGUCGAAUUGUUGUUGGGUGAUCCUACAAAGGCCAAUACUGUCUUGGGUUGGAAGCGUAAAGUUUCAUUUGAUGAACUCGUCAAUGAAAUGGUUGUUGCUGAUAUUGAAGCAGGCCUCAAUUCCUCUACCUUAAUGUAA